AUGACAACAACACCAGAAAAGAUUGGAAUUCUCGUGGUCGGCCUGGGAGGAAAUAAUGGAGUCACAAUGGUGGCUGGAUUUUUGGCCAACAACCAAAAGCUCGAAUGGGAAACUGGUUCGGCUGGACGAGUUUCAGGGCCCAAUUGGAAUGGUUGCAUCACCCAACUUCCUCCCAAGGGAGGUGGUGUUGGAUUUCAAGGAAGAUACCCGCUUGCUGAUGCCAUGAACGCAGCCAUUGGAGGAUGGGACAUACGCCCGAUGCCAUUGGGCGACGCUUUGUACGAAUCUCGAGUCUUGGAUUACGAUUUGGUCCGACAGGUGCGAGAGGAAAUGAAUUCCAUGGAUAUUAUGAAGGGAGUAUACGAUGCAUCCUUUUUGGGAGAAACCCAACAUGCAACUGCCGCGCAUAUUGUAACUGGACUGGAUUCUUUCUUUGAAAAGGUGGAACAUAUUCGGAAGGACAUUCGAGAAUUUAUUGCUUCCAACAAGGUCGAUGGUGCCACGACCGUCAUUUGGUCGGCCAGUGUGGAACGGCCAGCUGAAGUUCAAUUUGAAUCUGCCGAUGAGCUUCUGCAAAGUAUCCUUGACAGCAAAUCUGACUGCGAUAUUUCACCGUCCAUCAUGUAUGCCGUGGCCUCGGCGUUGGAAGGCUGUUCGUUUGUCAAUGGAGGUUCUCAGAAUACCUUGUCACCGGGAAUGAGUGAGUUGUACGAAGUUGCUUACCGAUCCAAAUCAGAGGGCAUUUUAUCUAAAUUUACAAAUGUAUCAACGAAACCUGCCUAUGUCUUGGGAACUGAUUUCAAGGCUGGCCAAACGAAAUUCAAGACGGCCGCCGUCGAAUACAUUCGUGCCUUGGGAUUGACCCCGCGAGUCAUUGCCUCGUCGAAUCACUUGGGCAACAAUGAUAUGCGAAAUCUAACAUCGAAAAAGACAAUUGCAGCCAAGAUGAGAGUCAAGAAGGAUAUCUUUGAACCAUGGCAAGAAGACGAAUUGGACCAUCAGGUUCGAGUCAUGUACACUCCCAUGAUGUUGGACGAAAAGCGUGAUGUCGUCGAAUAUACCUCCCUUGGGUUUCUCCAUUGCCCCCACACCAUGCUCACCUACACUCGAUGCAUGGAUUCCAUCUUGUGCGUUCCCCUCAUGAUUGAUGCUGCCGUUUGGUGUGACUUUUUUGGCCGUUACCAUUCCUCCUCUUCCACGGUCGCCCGCGCCACAGCCUACCUCUUCAAGGUUCCGGAAGGUGGUGCCAAGGGAGUAGAUCCUGGGUUCCAACGACAAAUGAAUGAAUUGGAAGCUGCAUUGGCAGCCACUGUCAAGGAGGAAGACGGUAGCAGCAAGAAGGACUUGUUGAUAUUAUUGAAACAGGGAGUUGCCUCUGGUAUCAUUACACAAGAGCAGGCCGAUUCGUUGAAGGCCAUUCCAUAG